AAAAUUAGUUUUAAUAACUUUCAAUAUGAGCUAUGAAAAUGUGCUAUCGAUUCGUGGUCUUCGAUCCGGUUUUAAAUCUUUCCUGAGCAAUUGCGAGGAAAUUUUAAGUAAUCGUUCGAAUAAGACGUUUAAGCCUAAAAAGAAUAUCCCAGAAGGAACUCAUCAAUAUGACUUGAUGAAACAUGCUGCAGCCACUUUAGGCUCGGGAAAUUUAAGGAAUGCUGUGCAAUUGCCUGAAGGCGAGGAUGUGAAUGAGUGGAUUGCUGUAAACACUGUAGACUUUUUUAAUCAAAUUAAUAUGCUUUAUGGCACAAUAACGGAAUUUUGUACAGAAGACACGUGCAGUAUCAUGUCUGCUGGUCCGAAAUACGAGUAUCAUUGGGCGGACGGACAAACAGUCAAGAAACCAAUCAAAUGUAGUGCACCAAAGUAUAUUGAUUAUUUAAUGACUUGGGUACAAGAUCAAUUAGACGAUGAAACUCUAUUUCCAUCCAAAAUUGGCGUUCCAUUCCCGAAAAAUUUCCAAACUAUUGCAAAAACGAUUUUAAAACGGCUAUUUCGUGUCUAUGCACACAUCUAUCAUCAACAUUUUCCGGAAGUUGUACGACUAGGCGAGGAAGCACAUCUCAAUACAUCAUUUAAGCAUUUUAUAUUUUUUGUACAAGAGUUCCAACUUAUUGAUCGUCGUGAGUUGGCACCUUUGCAGGAAUUGAUUGACAAAUUAACAGCAAAAGGCUAGGACAUAACUAUUGUUAAUACAUUAGGUAACAUUUAGAAAUAACUAAUGACUUCUUUUUAGUUUUACGCUUGAUCCCUUUAGUUUCAUUUUCUUUAUUUUCCUCAUUCAUUCAUUUUAUUUCUUCUGGAAAUGUAAGGAAAGGAACUUGACUUUAAAUACUAAUUUGAUCUGGCUCACUUCAGAUUUUAAAACUUGAUGACGAUAAUUUGCUGGUUCUGAAAGUUUAAGUUUUUU